UCACUGUGCCCCCCACCCCCUCGUCUCCUGGUCUGUGUUACAGUGCCUCUCUCCCACCUACUAGUCUGUGUUGCAGUUGCCAGGUUCUCCAUUGAUCCGUGAGUUCAGCCUGUCCCGAAUUCCACGUCACUGGAUUAGAUAAAUACUUGGAACGUUGCCGCUACAAGCUUUAACAGGUGAGCCAUCAUGGCGGAUCCCUGGGCUGAGAUUGCUCAAACCCACACUGUCCACCAGGAGUCGCACGAUUUUGUGGAAAAGCUCAAUGCAAUGGGAGCUAAGCGGAUGGCGGAUCUAACACCUGAUGGGGCCAAGAAACAGUUUAAAGAAUUAGCGCUGAAACUAUCAGGGGAGAUCGAGUUUGAUGGUGAAGUUUUCGAAGUCAACAUUCCUUCCCCUAAUUCCCCAGAGGGUAUCCCAGCAACCAUCUACAAACCUUCUUCCAGACCCGAAACACCCGCGAUCUUUCUUUAUUUUCACGGUGGCGCCUUAGUUUUCUUCAGCAGGAGGAGCCACGAGACAUGUCUGAAGACCAUCGCCAGGGACUCAGGCGCCAUCGUGGUAAGCGUGGAGUAUCGACUUCUUGGCGAGGAGGUGGACCCCUUAGCACCUUUCGACGAUGUGGUCCAGGCGGCCAAGUGGCUGCUGGAAAACAAGGAAGCUGUGGGCGGCAGACCCGAAAGCAAGGUUGGCGUUGGUGGAGACAGCUCCGGUGGGCAGCUGGCGAUCUGCGUCACCAAUGAUUUGAAACAGCCUGCCGCUAAAUGGUUUACUACUUUCUUGUAG